GCUCGUGCCGGCGGGGGCUGGAGGAGCCGCGCGGCGGCCCGCGCCGACUCCCGCUGCGCUUCGCAGGCCAGGGCUGUGGCCACCCGCGCUCCGGCCACCGCCCCGUCGGGGCCGCGCGGGGGACAUGUCCGGCGGCCGCAGGAGGGGCAGCGCCCCCUGGCACAGCUUUUCUCGGUUCUUCGCGGCGCGGAACCCUUCCCGGGACAAGGAAGAGGAAGAGGAGGAGAAGCCGGGGACCGGCCAGCCGGCCGGCGCGAGCCGCGGGGCCGCCAGUGUUGAAAAUGAGCCCAUGAGCACAAGUAAGAAAAAGGAAAAUGCACUUUCAUCAGAAGCCGGAAAGAUUCCCCAAGGUGAGGACACAAGAAACCAUGCUGAGCAGCCAGCUAUUCUCCCAAUGGUGGAAGAUCCCCCAAAGCCAAAUGACUUUCCUAAUUCCACGUCAGAUGCCAAAACAGCAGACAAUGACCGACAGGGAAAAGAAAGCUUUUUUCAGUUUCUUGGGAACUUAUUCAAUAUCUCAGGAAAGUCAUCUCUUGGGGAAGUUAAACAGUCUUCCUUCAAAGAUGACCAGGAUAAGCCUGAGAAAGACCCACAGACUCCCAGUGGCCCCCGUGAGGAGGGGAGCCAGAUGGAGGAGGAGAUGGCCAGCUGCACUGUGAGAACUCAGGCCCUUCCUGUGGAUCAGCAAGAGUCCAGCUCCUCAGAACUCUCUGAUGCCUUUUCUUUGGAUACAACACAAGACAGCGAACAGGAAAUCACUGAUAUGCCCAAAAAAAACACUGUUGGUAAACCAGAGACACCUUCGGUAACAUAUGCAACCUAUCGAGGACCCGCACAAAUCAGGAAGUACUUGAAGCAACAGACUGUGUUGGGAACUGUGAAUCAAUCAGACAGAGAAGACGGAAGCACUGACUCAAGGACACAGGCACACGCUGGCCCUGGAAGUACAGCACACACUGUGAUGGUCCCACUGUUGCCCGCCAGCAAAGAUGUAGCCACAGAAGGACAUUCGCUUGGAGGUCCGUUAGGAGUCUCUAGCCAAAUAAAUAACAUCGAAAGCCAUCUGGAAAAUGACCCAGAAUUGCAGAAUAUCUCUUUAUCUAAGGGUUUUUUAAAUGAAAAUAGCCAUGGAGGCUCUGGGAGCAGUUGGACUUCCCCUUCUUCUGUGUCUAAGCCCAGCUCAGUUGUAGGGGAAUCUGACUCACAGACUGAGAGCAGUUUGGUUUGUUCAUCAUUGUUUAUAGGAAGUAGAAGUAGCCAAGUCCCUUGUCCAGAAUUUCAGAGGAAAACUGCAACAGAAAACACACUGGAAGGAAACAGCUCCACAGUGAGUGAUGGGAUGUCAGUGCCGAGCAAGGAGCAUGUUGAGCCUCAGAAGCCUGCUGUUGCUGAUUCCUCUUGUUGUAAAUCAUCCGAUGGGAGUGCCGCUACCAAAGUGGAAAGUACAAAUUUGUCAAGUCCAAAUGAAUCAAUUAUGCAUGAAGAUGUACGGCUGCCAGAGAGUAAGUGUUGUGACAGGCCAGCUGCAGAUAACCCAUCAAGGUGGAAUGUCAAUCACACAAGCAUUAAUGCUCUCCAGGGACAUGCUGUGACAGACGCAGAACUUGUAAAUGAAGGAAAGAGGUUACCUGCCCGAGACUCAGAGAAAAAUGUGGUUUCAGAAAACAUGCAAGGAACAGGAGGUGCCCCAGGGGGUGAGUCCAUGACUUUAAAUCCUGUAAGAGCCCCAGAAGACAGAAUUGAGUCCUUACCCAAAGAUACUGAGCCACUGUGUGAAACAGAAACUAGAGUGCUUGGUCUGGAGCCACAUGUCAAAACUCCUCCUGACGUGGGAAAAAAUCACAAGGACCCUGGUUCUUUGACAUGCGUCAGUGACUCAGCAGUCGUAGCAUGCACAGAAAGGGAAAUAACACCCAAGCUGAAUUUUGAACUUAACAGAAAUCUCAUUUCUGAAUCUUCUUUUUCCUUAGACAAUCUUCAACAAGCCAAAGUCUUUGCUGGUGCUGAGACACCUCUUAACCUGGACUGUAAAACUUCUGAUGGCAGCGCCUCACCUCCAACCUCAGUUUCUGGAGUGGACAGGCUUGACAAGUUGGGUUUCCCCGGUUUGAAGAGUGAGAGACCUCCAUUCAGUAAAAUUGGACAGGGUAGCAUUUUCUCUCAUCCUAAUGGUUGUCGAGAAGAAGGUAUGGGGACUCAUCCUGAGGCUGCAGAAAGGGAGGCUGCCCUACACCUUGGACAUGCAUCUCUUAUCCUCAAAUCCAAGGAAAUUCUUCCUGACGGUGAAAGAUGCCUGUUUCCUUCGGGUCCUGAAACCACUGGCACUCUUGUAGCCGAGGUAGAUCUGCUGAACUUUGAGCAUGGACGUAUCUCUGAGGAGCACACUUCUGUUUCAGCGCAUCGUCCUAAGAAGGCAGAGUUAAUGUCCUCAAAUGCUAAAGCAAGGAAGAGCACCAUAGAGAAGUCUGAGUCUCUUCCCUUGGAAAGCCAAACUGCUGAAAGGCUACUGAAAGCAGAGGACGGUGGUCAGAGCAGCCUCCCUGGAGAGUCGUGUUCUGAAAGAGGAGUCGCCUCAUCCAAGCUGUCUGUUUCUCAGGCAGAACCCAGAGACGUUUCUCAGGAUGGCAUUUCUUUUUCUCAAGUAACAGCUGCAGACACGCUACAGGAGACUGUUUUGCCAGAGUUAAAUUCUCUAGCAAUUGAAAAGGACAAAGGUGUUCAAUCCGUGGAUCACGGAGAGAUUAAAGAGAUACGUUUAGGUGGUGGCUUUAAAGAGAAUCACCAGGCUAGGCUUUCUCCUGCCUCCAAACACCACAGUGUACAAGAAACAGAGAUAGACAUCCCAGCUAACUCUGCUUCUAUUCUCAGAAGUAAUCUGUCUGGGAUUAUACCUCCUGGUCCAGAGGAGAAAUCCACAAGGCACAUGGCACAGAACUGUAAAGCUAGCACUUGCUCAAUCAGCUCAUCUCUAGCUAUUAGUGUGAUGAAAACGAGUUCUAGUGUCUCCGAAAUGGAAGAACUGGGUUUAGAUGAUAUUUCUCCAAAAUUCCAAGAAACUGACAAUACACAAGUAUAUUCAUCUUUUCUGGGUUCUGAUGCCCAUUUGGAGAAAAAUGUGAUUGCACCAGAGGACUGCAGUUCACUGGCUGUGCCUUCUCUACUGGGAUCAGAAGGGGAAGAAGCCUGUAGAGAAAACUUGUAUUUCCUGAGUGCUGGCACGAGUGCUGCAUCUUCCUCCGGUUGUCACUCUAAGGGAGAUAGCACAGCUACAAAUUCAUAUGACCUCCCAAGUAAUUUUGAGGCUUUAAGUGUUACUGUAAAUAUCACAUGUGAAGGUGCUUCUGUUACUGACACACUGGGCCAUAAUAGCUCUUAUUUGGAAUUAAAGACACCUAACCCAAAAGGGGCAGAAGUGACCCCAAUUCAGGGAUGUUUGGGGUCUUCUACCAGGAAGGCAUGUCUCGAUUCCCCAACCACUGCCUACUUUGACGGUCCCAUGAAGGCAGAGACAGGAACAGUUGCUGAGGCACCAGUGUCAGUUAACCGCUCAUGCCAGCAGUGUUCUGAGGCAUCUGCUGAGCAGACAGAAGCCAGGAAAGGAGCACGUGACCCACUUUUACUCAGAAGUGGUUUACUCACAAAAGCUGAUACACUGACUGAGGAGAUUUUAAGUUCUGUCAGGGAAGAACUGAAAUCCAAACGCACUGUUGGUACCUGCCGGGAGCAUCUCGCCAAAGAUGAUGUAAUGAAUCCAGGUACUGUGAAAGAAGCCAUCCCAUCAGAAGUGACAUUAACAGGGAUCCAAUUGAAAGAGAGUUCGGACGAGAAAGGCGUGGACAAUAUGUCAGAAGUCAAAGAGGAAGAAAAGGCCAGUGUUUCGCCCGCAGUUAGUGAGACAAGUCUCCUUUUUGAUUUUGAUAGAGUGAAUUUAUCUUGUAUCUUAGAAGAACAGAGCAGUGAAUUAGUCAAUGAGGUUAUUUAUGCAGCCCGAGAAAAUUUGAUAAAUGAUGCUUUUGAUGAGAUUGAAAAUACCUGGGCUUCUGAACCUCAGGCUAACACUUCAAAAGUUUAUAAAUGUGGUGAUGUUAAACCACCUAUAGUUAGGGAGUUCUUGGUAUCAGAGCAGGCAGGGAAUCAAAGCACAUGUGAAAUUAGUGAAUAUAAAGUAUUAAGUAAAUCCUCCUCCGUAAGCGACUUAGUUAGUGGCACCGAGUCAAUGAAAGGAAGAGAAAUUAUUCCCUAUCAGCAGUCCCCACGUUUUGAAAGUGAAGCUGGACAGUCUGACACUGUAAAUUUGCAAAAAUCAGAGACUGUUUUACAAGCUGAAGACAUGUCCGACACAAGGUUAGAUGAUAGAGUGAAGCCACAUUUAUUUGUCAGUGAGGACUGUAAAAAGGCAGCGGAGUAUGUGGAUAAUCACAAAAUGGCAACAGAGGACACUAGAAUUCUUGUAUUAAAUUUCAACCUGCCUCCUUUUGCAAGUGAUGACACCCAUGUGCCUAGCACCUCUAAAAGCAGUUUGUCUGAUAGUCUUGUAUGCAAAUCUGAAAAAAGUUUGCCAGGACAUAGUAAAAGCACACCCCUUGCAAUGUUAGAUUUGGGGAAAGCACACAGAAAAGAUAAUGAAGUAAAUGCAGGGAAAAUCACAAUUAUACCUUCAUUGUUAGAAAUGGGAAAAACAGGUAAGAGGGAUGCUGAGAUGAACAUUAGGAAACAUGAAGCAGCACCUCUAAUGUCAUAUAAAGAGAAAACAUGUAAAAAGGGUGAUGAAUUAAACAUUACGAAAGCUGAGCCAGAGGCUGACAUUUUUACAAGGGGAGGUGUAUACCAAAUGGAUGCUCAGAUACAUGUUGAAAAACCUGAGGAAUUACCUGUCACUUUGGGAAUGGAAAAAGCUUAUAAGAUGGAUAGCAAAGGGGAUGUUAGCAAACCUGAGGUGAUGCCUGUUAUGUCAGAAAUGAAAACUACCCAUCAAAAAGACGCUGAGGGCGAUGUUGUAAAGACUGAGGUGACACCUGUUUCGAUUGAGAUGGAAAAUAUUUACCAAAAGCAUGCGGAAGGGGAUGUUGGGAAGACUGGGGUCGCAUCUGUUGUGUCAGAAGUAGAAAAUACCUACGAAAAAGAUUGUGAGGGUAUUACUUCAAAGGCUGAAGUGACAGCUGUUACAUUAGGAAUGGAAGACACUUACCAAAAGGAUGAGCAAAGUGAUGCUGCAAAGACUGAUGGGAGAGGUGUAGUACCUGUUGAAUUAGAAAUGGGAGAGAUUUACUCAAAGGACUCUGGAGGAGAAAUUGACACAGCAGAAGGGGUGCCUGUUAGGUUAGAAGUGCUGAAUACGUAUCAGAAAGAUACUGACUGGCUUACGGGAAAGAUGGAGAGACCUGUGCCUCCCCAAGGGGAUGCUGAAGAUGUCCUUAGAAAAGCUGAGAGGGUCCCAUUUGUGUUAGACGUGAAAGAAACACACCAAAACACAGUACAUUCUUCCUUGGACAUUUUGGAAAAAAGAGUCCAAAGAAGUAUCAGAGAGUCAAGUGGAAAUGAGUUGGUGCCUUCUAAGAUAGAGAUGGAAGUAACAGCUUCAGAAGAUUCUGGUGGUAGCAUCGAGAACCCCAAAUUAUCACUUCCAGAGGUGGCCAUUGAGAGAACAAAUGGAACAAGACCAGAGGUGAUCAUUACAAAAGUGGAGGUUAUGCAUCCUGUCUUUGAAAGUGAGUACAUGGAGAAGAGUGCUGGAGAAGCAGAAGAGCAGCUCACUGAAGUAAAGGAAGGACUGAUAACUCACGAUGACAGACUUGCUUCGCAUUUCAGGGGCUAUGAAUCACCUACGUUAAGUAAGGAUUAUGAGGGCUACCCAGCCUUAACGAUGCCAGAUUUUCAAGAGGAGGACGCAGUGGUAAGGCUCAACAAAAUAGUGUCUGUUACUGCAGUAUAUGACAAGAGGGAAGAUCUGGACUAUAGAGAUGAGAAGGAAGAGCCGAAUGUAGCCUUUGUUUCUCAGGAAGAACAAGAGAAUGUUUCCUUUACUAUAUUGUACGAUGAGCCCCUUCUAGAGGAGGACAAGUAUGCUCCCACAGAACUACAGGGAACACGCUCUGGCUUGUUUUCUGACACCUCCUCCAACAGCAUGCCUGGCCUGGCGUGUGAAAGGUCUGAGAGCAGAACUGACCUGGUCCAUCAUUUUGAAAAGGAAGGCAAACAGGGUGAGGCAUUUGAUGGAGACAAUUCAGAAAUGCUCUUAUCAGUGGAAGCCAAAAGGUACAAAAUUUAUCCCUUAGCCCUGAGCCCCAUUUACGAGGAUGACAGCUCACAGGAGGACGGUUUAUCCAGCGAGGUCUCGCCUGGUCACCACGGCUCCACAAAAUCGAGGGAGAGCGCAAACCAGCCCUCCUCAGUCUUAUCCCUUCUCCAGUCAGUGUCAGAGCGCUUGCAGAGAAACUUUGAUGGAGACGACAGAGAGGUGGCUGAGGAGGAAGAGGAGGAAGCAGCAGCAGCAACUUCGGGUAAAGGCUUCAGAGCUGAAAGGAAGGAGCGUGUCACCUUCUACUUGCCAGAUCCUUCCAUCACCUUUUACCCCGAAGAUGAACGGGAGAGUGCUGGAUUUUCCAGGUCCUACAUGGAGUCCAGUGAACCAACGACCUCCAAUCUGCAGCUUGGCCCUUGGUCAGAAAAGGCGUCAUUUCUACAAAAAUCGGAUCUGACUUCUAAGUUGCAUUCUUCCUUAAAGAGUGCCUAUAAUCAGUACUUGCAGACUUCCCGGACUCAUUCCUCAGAAACGGGAACCAGAUUUGGUGGCGCCUUUCAGGAACCAGUGUCCAAAUAUUUCCGAGUUCAAGACCACCCAGGCAGAUUGAGUGCGUACAUUGAGAAUAUUGACAAACAAAAUCUGAGGUGUAAUCCAAGGCCUGGGAAGAUGAUUAUCUAUGAUCUCCAUGGAAGUAAAUAUAAACAAGAGGUCUACUGUAACAUUCCUGAUGCUACAACAUGGUCUUUCCCGAAUGGGGCACUGAUAAAAGUUGUAAGGGGCUGCUGGAUUUUAUAUGAGAAGCCCCAUUUCCAAGGUCAGAAAUGUGUAUUGGAAGAAGGGGAAAAAGUGUUAAAUCGGGACUGGCUUCUUCAGAACAGGAGGCACCCAGAAAGAAACUUUGUACUGGGCUCUAUCAAGCGUGUCUUAAAGGAUUGCAGCAUUCCAGAGAUAGAGCUGUGCACACCGUCUGACCCUGGGUGCUACCCCAUCUACAUACACCGGUCUGUCCCCAAUCUGGAAGAACUCAACGUCCCCAAGUCUACAUCCUUCACCGUGAGAUCAGGAGUUUGGCUGGCCUACCCAGACAUUAAUUUUAAGGGGCAAGCUACAAUUUUGGAGGAAGACCAGGGCCUCUUUGAGAUUUCUGCAACAGAAAUGAAAUCACUGCAUCCUCUUCAGAUGGGUGGACUGAAAGUAGAAAUGCCUAUGAACUUAAAGGUUAUCAUUUAUGAAAAACCUUACUUCUGUGGACAUACCAAAGAGUUCAGUGAACAUAUAGAUUCUGUCCCUAAGUUUUUAAAAAGUGAUAAGGACUUUCGUGGCAUUGGAUCAAUUCGUGUCAUCGGUGGAGUGUGGGUUGCCUAUGACAAGGAACAUUUCAAAGGCCAGCAAUUCCUACUUGAAGAAGGAGACUUUGAAGAUAGCAGUACUUGUGGGGCAUUGAGUGUCCCCAUCAUGUCUUUCCGGUACCUACAAGCUAAUUUUAUAGAAUCUUCUAUCACACUGUUUGAAUCUGACCUAGAAAGUGGGAAAUUUAUUGACAUUACAAAUCAGGAAAUUUCUGACUUGGAAGAAAUCGGCUUUGGCAGUGAAACAAGAUCCAUUCACGUGAAGAGUGGCGCAUGGGUUGCCUACAACCAGAAGUUCUUCUGUGGAGAUCAGUACAUUUUAGAGAAAGGAAAAUACAAAUGCUUUUUUGAUUGGGGAGGAUCAAGUAAUACAGUCUUGUCAAUCCGACCAAUCCAGCUGGAGCCGCUUGGGAUAAAUGAGCCUCCACAUUUGCUUAAAGCAUUCAGUAAAGCAGGCUUCCAAGGCGAGUGUAUAGAUUUCAUAAAAGAAUGUGCCGAUCUGACCUCGUUCGUGCCUUCAUCCUUUAAGGUUCUCCGUGGCUGCUGGCUCCUGUAUUACCAAGAAGAUGGUUUCUACCAUCAGUGUGUAUUGGAAGAAGGCCUCUACAUUGACCUUAUUUCCUGUGGCUGCCCAUCAGCUAGAGUCCGAGCGCUGAAGCCCAUUGACUACGUUUUUGAAGAACCUUCCAUCAGCCUUUUUGCCCUGGAACAUUGUGAGGGAAGAGAGUUACAUCUUGAAGACGCUGUGAAUUCUGUUUUGAACAAGGACUUACACUUCUAUACCCAGUCCGUGUGGAUAAAGAGUGGAUUGUGGAUAGCUUAUGAAGGAUCCAAUUUCUUAGGAAGGCAGAUCCUCCUUGUGCCUGAUGAGAUCCCAAACUGGACUGUGUUUAGUGGGUGGAAAACUAUUGGUUCUAUCCGCCCCAUGAAGCAGCCUGCAGUGUACAUCAGAAUAAGGAACCGGGCCAAGGAUGAGUAUUUGACAGUCAUUGGGAACCUAGCUGAUGCUCGGACAAUGUCUGUAUGCAUCUCUCCCUACAGUGGGAAGGACACUCAGAUCUGGCAUUACUGCCGAGGACUCUUUAAAUCCAAGGCCAGUGCUACAUGUCUUGAUGUGAUUGGUGGUCGGGACACACCUGGAGCCAAGGUAGCAUUGUGGACUGAACAUGGGCAGUUCAGGCAGAAGUGGAGACUGAACAGAGAUGGAACCAUCAGCUCUUACCUCAGUGAUGAGCUUGUCCUGGAUGUUAAAGGAGGAAACUAUUAUGACAAGACACAUGUCAUUAUAAAUCGUCCCUUGGAGAGAGAAGAAACACAGAAAUGGGACAUUGAAAUCUUGUGAGAGGAUCACACAAAGGCACCUCCACCUACUCAUGCCCUGUGUGCAUGGGAAGGAAGCUGCUGUGUCCACAUUACUGUACUGCUCACAGAAAGAACUUUCUCCCAAGCGCUGAAACUACUGCUCCAUGGAAAAGCUAAAAUAUUCUCACUGGUUAUUAUGCAGUGUCUUUGUGAAGAAAUGUAAUGAUUUCUUUUCCUGAUGGAUCCAAGUGUAGUGACCAAUUUGCUGAAAUGUUAUUCUCUCUCCUAACCACCAAACAUGAAUCCUCUUCUUGAUGGCACUUUACACAGACAAUGCUGUUACCUGCAUUAGCUAUCAUAUGAGUGCCCUACUCCACGCUUGUGUGAACAAAGCACAGGGAAACAAUUCCUACGGGUUGUCAUACUCCUGCACCACCUGAAGACAUACUAAGCUUUCCUACAAAGCUGCUGCUGUACUAAAUAAACCUUGUAGUUUCUAUUUUAGAAACUUUUAAAAUUGAAACACCCAUAAGUAUUUAUACUCUUUAAUUAGGUGACCCCAGGGAGGAACCUCAGCUUAUUGAGGGAAAAGCCACUAGUCCUAAAGUACUUUCUGUGGUGUGGCCAAUCUGUAUCAUUUUUCUAACUACAAAUGUAUAAACUUUAGGGUGCCCACCUAGCACUAUGGUGUUAAUUAACCAAGAUGUCCUGAAGUGACAAUACUUCUGAUUGUGGUGACCUUACAUUUUGUCUGACUUGUGCUUAAGGAGGAGAAUAGCAAGACUGAGUCACAUCUAAGAGCUGAAUGUGUCCCCGGAGUAAAGGACUGAACCAAGGUUCAGCUAAAACAAACAGGGCUUCUACUUUGCCUCUGUCACCUGACUUUUUCUACUUGGUGACAGACAACUCAGUUUCACUCCCAUUUUAAACUGACUAUAGCUAAGCAAAACCACACAGAGAGGCACUACCAUCUCCUGCUCAGGAACAGGUCAAGAGCCUGCACCCUCCUGAGACAGGAAACUUAAUUCAGACAGCUACUGCUUUCAGCCCCAAUUUUUGCCAGAAAGAAAAAAAACUCUAUUUUUACAUAAAUUCUCCAGCAAUAUUUUUAAAAGUAUCAACCUCUAUGCACUUUAGAAUGUAAAAUAACAGUGAAUAUUUUAAACUCAAAGAGCUACCUACUUUGAGUAUUUUUUUUUAUACACUUGGGCUUCCCAUGUAUAUAUACUGGUCUUUGGUGUUUUUUUUUUUUUUUUUUUUCAGUCUCUGGCGCUUCUGUCAUCAUCUAAACAACAUUUGAGAGCUCUGCAUGUCCACAGAUGACCGGUGCCUCUUAUGGGUGUGGCAGUAUUAUUUCAUGAAACGUUUAUUUUAAUGGGGAAAACGGGCAUGUAUACUCAAAGAUAUGUAUAUUUUCGUUGUUAAAAAAAAAAAACCCACAAAAAAACAACUUUCGAGUUUUGUUAAAAAGUAUUUUUGGAGCUAAGGAGGCUCUUUAACGGAGUUGUUUCUUCCAAAGAACCAUGACAGAGCCAGGCUAAUGACAUAGUUCUAUAUGACACAUGUAAUGGAGUUGUGCCUUUUCUACAACACUGGAUUAAAUAAACUUGUCAGAAGUAUGAUUUUAUCAUAGUCUGGGAUACCUGGUAAUUUCCCGAGUUCCCUCUCCUGUCCAUGAGCACAUUAACCAUGCCUCCACCCAGAGUGCUAAUCAGAGCACCAUGAGUCACCUAGAAAUGAAAUCUCCCUUCACGGAGUGUAUGCGCAGAGAAAAGGACACUCCUCUGUAUAAAGGCCCUAGACUACUUGGAUUAAACACUCUGUCCAGAGAGACAGUGCCAGGUUCUCCUUUUCUUCAUCUGUGUGAAGUUUCAGUUCCUUGACAGGAAUGGGUGAUCCACUCCAGAUUUGCUUCAGAGCAUCCACAUGUGAUAAAGGAAAGCGAAGUCCAUAAGCCUGAAGAGGAUACACUGUUUAGUACAGAAAUAACACCACUUCAUGGAUUUUGCAUAACCUUACAUAAUUCAAAAUAUAUAUCCUUCAUAAGAGUGAAACUUGUUUCAGGAAAACUACUUCAACUGUAAUUAGGUAAUUCACAAAAGUCAUCAAUUUCCUAUCAACAACCUACUUUGAGUAGCUAAGUUGUUGCAGAUGACUAGCAUUUAUCACACUUUUCCUGUAAGUUUACAGCUGUUAUGUUUUAAAGCUGCCAUCAAUACAUGCUUCACAAAGUUGGCUGAUGUAGCUUGUCCUAUCAGUCAGGUAAAAUGGCAGGUCCGCACUGCAUCUAUAAAGGCACAUGACCCUUUCCAUCACAAGUGUUUAUCCCAGCCAUAACCCAAACCACAGGAAAGACAGUUGUUUUAAGUUGGAACACACCUCUGUUUCCACCUCUUUUCCCAUCAUGUGUGUCUGUCUCAGAUUCUUCAGAGAAUGAUAGAUAUAAACCAUUUUUUGUUGAGCUUCAUCCUUUAAAAAAAAAAGUUAUAAGAAAAAUAUUGAGGGCUUCAGUACUAGGAGAGUUAAAAAAUUUCAACAUCAAGGAAAAUCUUUUGAGGGAAUAUAGAGAUAGCAGGAUCCUCACUUUGUAGGCCAGGCUAGCCUUGAAUUCAUAGGAAACUGCCUGGGAUGAAGGCAUACAGCAUCAUACCUGGCUGCAAUAAAAAUAUUAUAUAGCCUUUCUCCUUAAAGGAAAUGUAUUCAUUUCUGUGCAGAAUCCUUUGGGCACAAAGUUACCAAUACAACUGUUGAUUCUUGAAGUCACUGUUUUAACAGACAAGCCCCAGCAUGUACGAGAACCUGAUUUAUAUGCCAGCUUAUCAGUUUCAUCUUUAAUUUCCUAUACUGUGUUCUAUCAAGUUUGAUAUUCCUAGGAACAAGUAAAAAGUUAUCAAGUGAUCAAUUGUUGAGAAAUAGAAGCUAUGUUAUUUACUAAAAAUUCCAUUUAAAUUUAAGUAGUUUGUCACAAAUGAUCUGUACUCCCUUUGGUCUUCCACAACCUACCUUUAUUAUUUGUCACUGAUUAGCUAAACGUCUGAGCCAACAUACAGUGUCUCAGAGUUAGUAGUUAUCAGAAUAAAAAACAAGGUAUGAGUGCA